GUCUGGUUCUCGGUGAAGAGAAGGCGCACCGCGGUUUAUUUUAUUCAACAGUUGGAACUAUGGAGAGUAUGAAGUUCACUGACGUUGAUGAUACGGUUGUAACAAGGCGAAAUGAACCUGGAAUAAGGAUUCGAACGUUGACUGCAUUCUUUUUUCUUCUAUUAGCAGCCCUAUUGGCUGUAGGUGUUGGAAUAAUAGUUCAUUUUACGACAUCUUCAUCCGGCUGCCAAGUGAAUUGGCCAACCACGGCACUAUCGGAUCUGUUCAGCGAUGAGUAUAUGUUGCAGAAGUGCUCUGUAAUUAGUAAAGAAAGAAAGAAAUGUCCGAAGGGUUGUGAAUAUAUUGAAAAGAUCGAAACUCCUGUAAAGGAUAUCUUUGACCGUCCUAACGAUGUUCGUCUACCUAAUGAAACUGUACCGUAUCACUAUAAAAUCAAAUUGCAACCGCACUUUUAUAACGAAAAUCCAAAAGACUUUUUCUUUGAGGGAACUUCUAAGAUGUUCUUUACAAUUUUCGAGAAUACUACAAAACAAAUUAUCAUUCAUAGCGCUGGUUUGAGAAUUGACAAAACAUAUACCAAAGUUCAAGAUGAUAAGGGUAGAGAUAUAAAAAUUGCAGAUCAAGUUUAUGAUGUAGAGCGUCAAUGGUGGAGAAUUGAAUUAAAAAGCGAAAUGCAUCCAAAUAAUAAUUAUAGUAUUGAACAUAAAUUCGAAGGGGAUCUUACAGAUGGCCUUGCUGGAUUCUAUAGGAGCAAAUAUUUUGAUAAAAAAACUCAAAUGACAAGAUACCUAGCAACGACCCAAUUCCAGCCAACCGAUGCCCGUAGAGCCUUUCCUUGCCAAGAUGAGCCUGCCAAAAAGGCGACGUUUAACAUUACUCUAAUUAAAAAGAAAGGCUAUACCGCUCUUUCCAACACAGAGAGCUAUUACGAAAGAAAAUUGCAUGACGAUUGGAUUGAGGUUGGCUUUAAAGAAACACCCAAGAUGUCAACCUAUCUUUUAGCUUUCAUAGUGUGUGAUUUUAUUAAUAAAUCCCAGAAAACCAAAAAUGGAGUAGAGAUAAGAGUAUGGGCUAGGCGAGAUGCCAUAGACAAAGUUGACUUUUCAUUGGACGCAGGCCGAAAGAUUCUGGAGCAUUUCGAGGAUUAUUUCCAAAUUCCAUUUCCCCUUAACAAACUAGAUAUGAUAGCCGUUCCAGAUUUUUCUGCAGGAGCUAUGGAAAAUUGGGGAUUGGUUACGUACAGAGAGACUACAUUAUUAGUAGACGAACGUAGCGCAACAUCUAAUAAACAACGGGUAGCCGUAAUUGUUUCUCACGAAUUGGCGCAUCAAUGGUUUGGUAAUCUUGUAACGCCCGCUUGGUGGGACGAUCUCUGGUUGAAUGAGGGAUUCGCCUCCUACGUUGAAUACCUUGGAGUCGAUAAGAUAUUUCCAGAUUGGGGAAUGAAAGGACUCUUCAUAAUCGAAGAUUUACAGGAUGUUAUGAGAUUCGAUGGCUUCAAAAAUUCCCAUUCAAUCUACCAUUAUGUCAUUCAUCCGCGAGAUAUUAGUGAAAUAUUCGAUAGGAUAUCAUACGCGAAAGGGGCAAGUGUUAUUCGGAUGAUGAAAGAUUUCAUUGGGGAAGAUCUAUUUCUCAAAGGAUUAACCAAAUAUUUAAAAACUUAUCAAUAUUCCGUUGCUAAUCACAACAAUUUAUGGGACGCUUUGACCAAUGUUUGCAAAGAAGAGGGCAAAUAUAUUGACGUUGCUAAAAUAAUGAACUCUUGGGUAAGACAAACAGGAUACCCGGUCGUAAAAUUAUGGAGAGAUUAUCUCGGCUCAAAGACGAAAUUGUAUAGUGAUCAAAUAAGAUUUUUAAACGAGAAAAAUCAUCUUUACGAUCCUGAACAUAAUAAAGUUCAAAAGUUACAAAAUUCUUGGUAUAUUCCUUUGACUUAUCGUUUGGACACAUCACCCAAGACAGAAAGAGUUUGGAUGAAUAACGAAAAUAUAACGAUACCUAUAGAUAGAAAUGUUCAAUGGUACCUGGGUAAUUUAAAUCAAUCUGGAUUCUAUAGGGUGAAUUACGAUGAGGCCAAUUGGAAUGCUUUGAUUGAUCAACUUAUUAAAGAUCAUACAGUUUUUGACGUAAUAAACAGGGCUCAAAUUAUAGACGACACUUUUUGGUUGGGAAGAUCAGGGUUAAUUGACCAAAGAUUAAGCCUAACAGCAAUUGAAUAUUUAAAAAGGGAGCUAGGCGAUAUGGGAUACUUACCAUGGAAAUCAGCUGUCCGUGCUUUAAACUUCUUUGAUCGUAUGCUUAAAAAGAUGCCAAUCUAUGGUAACUUUUUGACCUACAUGAGAAAUUUAAUUACUCCCGUUUAUGACAAAUUCGGAUGGAAUAUCUCCAAAACGGACAAACAUCUUGUAAAAUAUAUGAAAUCGACGGCCGUUGAAGUUGCCUGCACAGUUGAACACCAAGACUGCAUAAAGAAAGCUAGAGAGGAAUUCGAAAAAUGGCUUAUAGAUGAUAAUUACAAGAUUGAAGCAGAUUUGACAUCAGUAACACUAUGCGUCGGCAUAAAGUUCAGUAACGGUUCAACGUGGGAAAGAGUAUUUGGACGGUUUAUGAAUGAAACUUCACCAACAAUGAAAUCAAAGUUGAUGCAUAGUCUAUCUUGCAGUAGAGAACCAUGGAUAUUAAUCAAAUACCUUCUGGGUGCCAUUGGUAGCGAAUUAAUACGGAAUCAAGAUGCAGUAAUGGUUAUUCAUUAUAUAUCGAAAAAUCCUAUUGGAGGCGAUCUUGCUUGGAAUUUUAUAACUCAAAAUUGGGACGAUAUUAAUAAAAAACUCGGAGGGACUUUACUUUCAACGAAUAAUCUUAUAAACUCUGUAACAGCAGCUCUAAACACAAGGGUCGCUUAUAAACAGCUUGAGAAUUUCGCCAAAACUCAUAAAGAAAAACUUGGAGCUGCCGUAAGAAUUGUCGAAUAUGCUAAAGAAAGAACAAAAGCGCAAAUUGAAUGGAUAGAUAAGAAUUAUGACCAAGUUGCCGCUUGGCUAAGAGAUCGAUAUCCUUUUGCAUGAUGUAGCUUUCUGUCAACACACUUUUGCAACUAGUUUUCAAAUUGUACAGUACACCUAAAAAUCUGCACAAACUUAAUAAUCUCAUCUUUCCUUCUUAAAAGAUAACAAAGUUAUAAAUUGAUUAGUAUUAUGAUAAUCAAAAAC